AUGCUUCUCAAGCAGAUAAAACCAAAUGUUUCACCGAUUUUUGGAUUCUUUAUUUUGCUUAGUUUAUCGAAUGAAGAAAUCAUUACAGCAACAGAGGCUGCAGGUAAAAGUUUAAUAAAUAUAUACAAUGAAUUUUGCAAUUCGCAAAAAAUGUUAAGUUUCAAGGCAUGCAGUGUCUAAGAUGCGAUGCAUGUACUACUUCAGCUCCGUAAACGAGACGGGCAAUUCUUUCCUGCUCGUGUACAAACAAAACGGAAAUUCCCCCUGCCUACAAGAAAUAAUUGGGCGUGUGGGCUAGGCGAAGUAGUUGUAGUUCGCUACUGUAGCGAACUACAAUUUUCAAGUAGCCAGCAGUUUUUGACUACUUUUUUAAAACAGUAGUUGUAGUUAUAGCGAACUACAUUUUGCCUAAAAGUAGCCAAGUAGUUGACUAUUUUUCAAACAGCGAAUCGCUAUUCGCUACUUUUUAAAAUUGUUAGCAACUUGAUAGAAUAGCAUGAUAUUGAGACACGGUUUGUUUAAAAUCAAUACUCAAUUGCACUCCUGAACACUGUAGUGCUUACAAAAAUGUUGCUUUGUGUUUACUGUUGCGACUCGUAAGUCGAUUUGUUAUAGAUUACAUUACUGUCUGAGUUAGUAGAUGCUCCAAAUAUAGUAAAACUAAAAAAUAUAGUGUAGCGAAAUAGCGAAAUAGUUCGCUACAUUUUUUAAGCAGUAGCUGUAGUCAGUAGCAAACUACCUUUGUUCAAAAGUAGCAGUAGUUGUAGCUGACUACAUAUUUUUGAAGUAGCUGUAGUUAUAGCGAACUACAAAAAUUUUGUAGUCAACCCACCCUUGAUAUUUUCAAGUGUACGAGGUUAAAUAAAAUAGUCGCUUAUUAUAUAUAGUGAGGUUGGUUCAAUAUAUAUAUAUAUAUAUAUAUAUAUAUAUAUAUAUAUAUAUAUAUAUAUAUAUAUAUAUAUAUAUAUAUAUAUAUAUAUAUAUAUAUAUAUAUAUAUACAGUUAAUUAAAAAAUGGUUGUCCGUUGCAACCCUUAAACUCUAAAUCUUAAACUCUAAGCGUGCAAAGCUUAAUGGGAGCGUCAUUUAAGGUUACAGAACACCUUUGAGUGUUAAUUUUGUCUAAAAUUUUUUUAUUGGUUUCCAUGAAAGCAUUAGACUAAUUCUACUAUCUGACCAAGUUUGAACGAAAAAUGUUGAAAACACGCGGAGUUAUUUAAUAAAAUACAUUUCGCUGCAGUAAGAAAAGCAAUGAAAAUGUAAUAUUCAAAUUCAAUUUUCUCCCGAAAAUGUUUACGGCCAAUUACUGAUUUUCAAACGAGUUGUGCUCCUGCGGGUUUUAACCAAUUUUUCUCAAAUUUUCACAGGACAUAGCUCAAGACGUCAGUUUCAAAAUUGUGUUCGGCUUUUUUUUAAUUUUGGAUAUUUUAAAAAUAAAGAGCAAUUCACUCAAACAAUUCAGAAAUAUAUUGCAGUCGUCAAAGAAAUCGCCAUAUCAGCGGAAUGACGAAAUAAACAAAAAUUUGCGAACACAAUUUUUUAGAACAACUAUUUUACUGUAUAAAAAUGAUAUUUUCAUAAAUAUAACUUAAAACCAGCAGGAGCACAACUCAAAAGCGUAACGGCACCGCGAUUUAAGAUUUUCCUGAAUAAUUCUUACAUUAUUUUAUUGUUUGUUAAUUUUACAACUUUACCAUAUUUUGCAUGCACUGAAGAACAUUUGGUGAAAAUUUGAUGAAAAUCGGACUGAUAUUGAGCGCGCAGUAGCGAUUUUCCGCAAAACGCCGAAAAAGGUGUCCUGUAACCUUAAGAAAAUGUCAAACCCCGCCAUAAACUUUACCAUCUUCUCCCAAUGAAGGUUUCUCAAUUAAGAGAGAGGGAAAUUAAACGAGGACAAACGGCUUAGAAUAUUAUAAUUAUGCGUGCAGAACUAAACGAUUUAGUCAGAGUCCUAUCAUUUAUGCAAUAAAUAAGUACAAUUUAACUCUUCAUUACUCUUAGCUUAGCUAACUCUUAGUUUCGAAAAUCUUACCAAUCUUCCAUGGGUUUUUUAUAGUAUAAGAUAAUAAUAAAUAGUUCUUAUUCAUUCUUAAUUAAUCAAUUUUUAAAAACAGUAAAAACUCUAUUUGUAGCACAUUGUAAUUUAGCUUAGCUAUUUAAUGUUAAAUUUUACUUGGGAGAAUUUUAUUUUCAGGCCAUUUUCCGUAAUUAGUUUUUCUCUAAGGCAGCUGUUUUACAUCUAAUAAACAAUGACAGCCUUUAUUAACAGCCGGUACUAAUUAAUAUACCUUACCUAAAAAAGGUUAAUUUGAAUUUUAUUAAAUUCUGCGGCAUUCGGUGGAAUCUACAUAAGUUACCGCUAUUUUUUAAAUUCUGUUUUUUAGAUGAAAGGAUGUGCGAUGUUACUCGGCUCACGGAAUUUAAAGGCAAGACACUUUGCGAGAUUUUAAGUAGACUGCUUGCCCACAAUUUAAUCUAGAUUUUAAGAUUUUAAGGCGCGAUCGUUAUUUAUGGUGGGAGUAGUACCGAAGAGAAAGGGGUUGUGUAAACAAAAUUAUGAGCGAGUAAAAGGUUGGGUAAAUGGAAAAAAAGCAACUCUAGGGGUUGGGUAAUAAAAAUGUAUUGCCAUUUCCCAAGCGCGACUCACUCAGAUAUUGAAAACUAAAAAGCAAUGUCAACAGUCAUAUGUCAACACAAUAUGUAAAUCAAUCAGAGUCACUAUCUUGAUCAUUUUCCGAUUUGUCAAGAGGCAAAUGGUGUCUCCAAAGAAACUACAUGUGCAGACAACAUUAAACUUUAGACUGUAGAAAGCACAUGCAAGCAGUUAUCAAACUCAUGUCACAGAAGUGGUAAAGGACAUGUGUGACAAUUGAACGGCAUCCUUUUGUAUAAGAUUUUAGGCAAGGGGUGGCUUAUUUUUUAAUUUGUAUGCGGUUGGGUAAAAAUAUUUUUGACUUUUUAUUGGUUGGAUGGGCAAAAUUUUUACCAAGAAAAACAUAUCGCUAAAAUUAGGAAGCACUUUAUUAGCUUUUUAAUUUUUUUCGAACUUCUGACUUUUGAAAUUUAGGUAAACGACUUAACAUGAAUUUUGAGAUUGAGACGUAUUGUGACAUGGGCAAGGUGGAAUGUUUCUUUAAGUGUUUAAAUACUACAAGAUGUCGAUCUUUCGCUGUCGGAGUGGAAAAAAAUUGCACCGGAACGUUUUGUUUUCUCUAUUCACGGUCACAGAUCAAUCGUUUUAUGGAAGACAACAACGCGACAUAUUACUUUAUGGUACGAUAUUUUGAUAAAAUUGUUUAGGUUUGUGGUAUUUUUCUCGAAUUGUUAAUGCCGUGGUAGGUUUGUGGGUAUGUAGGUAAGUAAGUACAGGGUAGGUGGGCAGGCAGGGUGGUAUGUGGGGGAUAUGUAGAGUAAAGACUCCUAGCCCUAAUCAUUUCUUUUACUGUAAUAUGUAAAUAGUUGUUUUGUUAAACAAAUUAUGGGCAAAAUUAAAAUAAUAAUAAGUAUUAAGGUACGUAUAAUUAUGGCAAGGAAAUAGCUAUGUAGGAAAAUCUGUGUAUAGGUAGAUAACAAUAAAGUAGAUGUAUAUAGGAAGGUAGUUAUAUGUAGACAAUUGACCUUGGAAGUUCUGACGUCACGUCGCUGUCAAACAAUGAAUACUUUGACCCACACGUAUGCCAUCAAAACAUUAGGUAUACGCAAUGCAAUGUGGAUUGGAAAUUGCGUGACGUAAGUGCGCACUCUUAAGGGGCGACUAACCACUAAUACAAUUUUUGGUAUGUGCAAUAUUGACUUGGGUCAUUCGAAGAAGGAAUGUAAUAUAUCUUUAUAAUAAAAAAUCCCAUCUUGAUCAACUUUUUCACUGUCAAAGUUUCCGGAUAUGAUGUCAUUAGGUGAGUUGCAAAUUAUUUUCCCUUUGUUUUUUGUAUAAAAAAUUCACCUAAUGACAUCCUAUCUGGAAAUUUGACAGUGAAAAAGUUGAUCAAGAUGAUGUUUUUUACUAUAAAGAUACAUUACAUUUCUUCUCAGAAUGACCCAAAUAUUACACAUACCAAAAAUUAUAUUUGGGGUUAGUCGCACUUUAAGGAUUAUUAAGUGGGUCCCAAAAGAAUGACGAGCUUCUUUCUUUCCCAAGGCUACUUCAUGUUGCAGUGGCACGUGUUUGAAUGGAGGAUUAUGUCGAAGUAAAUCUUGUACAUGCGCUUGCGCAAAAGACUUCACAUCAACAAAUUGUAUUUGUCAUACAAGUAAGUAUAUGGAUUUGUUUUUAGCUUUUCCUUCAAAGUCAUUAAUCAGGCGUCGAACGAGAUACACACGUAAAACGUGGAAGAUGUUACAGAUCUGCAGACAAGUUGUAACAAGGCUGUUGUCAAGCCGAUAUCAGGAUGUGUUCGCACUGCUUGUUCCCAGUUGUUGUGAUAAGUUUGGGACAAGUUGUCAUCACCUUGUUACAAGGUUGAUGACGGUAACAGACAUUCGACAAAUUGUUCCAACAAGACUAAUACAGGCUGUUCGUAACAAGUUGCUACGAACUUGUUGUCAUCGACUUGUUAAAAACUUGUUACGUGCAGACGAUAUCAGACUUGUUGGAACAUGCAUACUUGUUGCGGGGUUUGCCUCAUCAACGUACCUUGCAACAAGAUGAUAACAACUUGUUCCAGACUUGUCAACAAUUGUAUGGGAACAAGCAGUGCGAUCACAUCUUGCUGACAGAGAUUUUUACGCAUGUAUUCAAAAUUAUAUACAGGAGUUGUGGUUAAUUCUCGUCAACUGGACUCAGUGAUCGCAGGUACGCAGAUAAAAAAAUCUUGUCAUAAGGCCUAAAGUUGCAUUUUUCGCAGCUGAUACCAGUCAUGUCUAAAAUUGUAUUUCAAACAUCAUUAAUAAUUCAUAACCGUAUUGGCAAAUCAUGUCAACCAUAAUAUGUCACGUGCAAUGGCUUUACCUGAUAUAACACCCCUAAUCAGUAUUCUUUAUAUAAAGAAUACUAAUAAGGCAGCAUAUCUAUUGAAUUUGUGGUCGUGUUUGUCUGUUUGAAGCCGUUUAACACUCCUGCUCGUUUAUUAAACAGUACAUAAAUUUUCGUUUGUAAUUUCCAUUUACAAAACAUCACAAUAAUUAAUAGAUGCAAAAUUCCCUCGGUAAGCAUGUUCUGCUAUUGGAACAAAUGUAAAGUUUAUAUAAGCCGUCGUCUUUUAAGAAGCAAUGAAUCAUAAAGGAAAGUCCUUAUGGAGAACAGUUUAGAACUGAUAGGGUAAAAAUAGAAAUAAAGUGGAUCCUAGGUUUAGCUCAAUUUAAUUAUUUUGUGUCCACACAGAUAACGUAACGCGACAAUUCUCCCAUGAAUGGAAGGCUGUCAACGAGAUUACGAUCACCCAAAUUGACAGUGGCGGUGGGCAAACAUGGGCCACGAGAAUCGACAAUGGGCACAUUUUUGCAUUACAAAAUGGCGCUUGGAUACAAAUAGACGGCCUGUUAACUCAUGUUACAGUUGGAAAAUCGGGCGUUUGGGGAGUAAACCAAGGCGAUGACAUUUUCUUCAGGCAAGGUGCGACACCAGGCGCACCAUAUGGAAUAGGAUGGCGAAAGCUGGAUGGUUUAUUGAAGCAGAUUGACGCUGGUAGCUCCGGAAUUGUUUAUGGAGUGGAUAG